GUUAGUGUACAGGGGCCCUGUGGGUAAAUCUAAAGUACUUCCGGUUUCCGGUUGGUGUAUAUGUGGCCGUGAAGAUGCCUGAGAGGGAAAGUGAGUUGUUUUCCAAUCCUCUGGCCCCAGAUGGCCAUGAGGUGGAAGAUCUGCAUUCACUCCAGUCAAAGCUAACAAAUGAAGACUUCCGUAAACUUCUUAUGACCCCGCGUGCAACGCCUUCUUCUGCACCGCCUACAAAAUCCCGCCAUCAUGAGAUGCCACGUGAAUAUAAUGAGGAUGAAGAUCCAGCAGCCAGAAGACGGAAGAAAAAGAGCUACUAUGCAAAAUUACGACAGCAAGAAAUUGAACGUGAGAGAGAACUUGCUGAGAAAUAUAGAGACCGAGCAAAAGAGAGAAGAGAUGGAGUCAACAAGGACUAUGAAGAAACUGAACUCAUCAGCACAACAGCAAAUUACCGAGCAGUGGGACCUACAGCUGAAGCUGACAAAUCGGCAGCAGAGAAAAGGCGUCAGUUGAUCCAGGAGUCCAAGUUCUUGGGUGGUGACAUGGAGCACACUCACUUGGUGAAAGGUCUUGAUUUUGCCCUGUUGCAAAAGGUCCGUGCUGAAAUUGCCAGCAAAGAAAAGGAAGAAGAGGAUAUCAUCGAAAAGCCCCAGAAAGAAACCAAAAAAGAUGAAGAUCCAGAAAAUAAGAUUGAAUUUAAGACUCGCCUUGGUCGCAAUGUGUACCGUAUGCUAUUUAAGGGCAAAGCUUAUGAGCGCAAUGAGCUUUUCCUGCCUGGACGGAUGGCCUAUGUGGUAGAUUUAGAUGAUGAAUAUGCGGACACUGACAUUCCAACCACACUUAUACGGAGUAAAGCCGACUGUCCAACCAUGGAGGCUCAAACAACACUCACAACGAAUGACAUAGUCAUCAGCAAGCUGACUCAAAUCUUAUCCUACCUGAGACAAGGAACUCGCAAUAAGAAGCUGAAGAAAAAAGACAAAGGAAAGUUGGAUGAAAAGAAACCUCCAGAGGCUGAUUUGAACAUCUUUGAUGAUAUUGGAGACUACAUUCCUACUACAACCAAACCUCCCCGUGAGAAAGAGAGAGAAAAGCACAGAGAUAAGGAACGCGAUAGGGAUAGAGACCGUCCAAGGGAGAGGGACCGAGACCGGGAUCAUGAGCGUGAAAGAGAGAGAGACAGGGAAAGAGUACGGGAACGGGAGCGAGAGAGAGAGCGAGAACGAGAAGAAGAAAAGAGGAAGCACAGCUACUUUGAGAAGCCAAAGGCUGAUGAUGAGCCAAUUGAUAUUGACAUAGGGCCUGGAUCAACUAAGGAUCUUCUGAAGUCUAUCAAUGAUAACUUUGCUGGAGCUCCUGGUUGGGAGGGAAUAGAAAUGAAGAAACAUGAAGACAAGAAGCAGUUGGGAGAUUUCUUUGGCAUGUGGAACAGUUAUGCUGAAUGUUAUCCUGCAACUAUGGAUGAUAUGGCGGUAGACAGCGAUGAAGAAGUGGACUACAGUAAAAUGGACCAGGGCAACAAGAAGGGACCUCUGGGUCGAUGGGACUUUGAUACACAAGAGGAAUACAGUGAAUAUAUGAACAAUAAAGAGGCUCUGCCCAAAGCUGCAUUUCAAUAUGGUAUUAAAAUGUCAGAGGGACGUAAAACAAGACGCUUUAAGGAGACAAAUGAAAAAGCAGAACUGGACAGACAGUGGAAAAAGAUCAGUGCGAUCAUUGAGAAACGGAAGAAGCUGGAGGCUGAUGGGGUUGAAGUGAAAAGACCUAAAUACUGAAUACGUGGCCAAUAUUUGUUUUAGAAUUGUCAUUUUUUUAGUUCAGAUUUGCAUAAUGUUUAUAUCUUACAAUGGAAGCCGUUUUGUUGAAGGGAGCAGAUCAUUGCGUCAUCUCUUCAUUCUCACAAACGUUGGAGAAAGGCAUUUUGUGGGACAAACCAAUGUCAAAGGGUUUUGUGUAAAAUUUGCAUGCUAGGUAAUAAAUAUGUAACAUUUAAUGAUGCUGUAAAUCUUACUAUAAAUGACCUAACAAUUGUGGAUUACAGAGCAUCAGACCCUCAAUUCUCAUCAAGUUAUUCCAAGUAAAGUUGUAUUUUGUUCAUUGUCGCUGGAAUUAACCUCCAGUAUUGUGUUACAGAGUCUAUUAAAUAUUAUUACACCCUUA